AUGAAGAGCGGAGAUCACUCAGCCAUUAAUGUCCCGGAGUUGAGUGCCCUUGAAAAAGCUUUAGCUACAGUUGCCACCAUGAGAACUAGUGAUGAAACGCUUCCUUUCUUCACCCAAUUCUUACAGUUCGAAGCCAGUUAUGAUGAUCUCCCCACAUUCAUGUUUUGUGUGAUUAUAAUGGCACUAGUUGGUGGAUAUCACGUCCUUUCCCUACCUUUCUCCAUAGUCACUAUCGUUCGCCCUCAUGCGGUUGUGCCUAGAUUCCUUAUCUUUAUUUUAGACACUAUAUUAGAAGCUGUAAAGAGCCCUGAACGCAUGCAUGAAUUGAUGAGUGAAAGAAGGAAGGAAAUAAGAAAACCAUGA